CCACGCUAGCUAGCUGCCUCCUCCUUGCCCUCUCCACUCCUGUCUGCCUGCAGGUGCAGGAAGAAAAAACGCGCAGCCGCUCGCACGUCUUCGGAGAUGUUGCGCACUGGCGUGAGGCGGCCGCGCUGCGCGCCAUGCGUCGCGGGGGCAGACGUGCACUGCCAUGCCGACGCGGCGUUCCUCUGCGCGCCCUGCCACGCCCAGGUGCACCGCACCAGCUCCCUCGCGUCCCGCCACCGCCUCACGCGCGUCCCACCGCCCAACCACGUCCGCGCGGAGGUUUCGGCCAGGGCGAUGGGCCUGCACACCUGGGGUGCGCGCCUACGUGCCGCCGGCGGCGGCCGCACGCGUGUCCCGCCGCCCAGCAACAUCCGCGGCCGCUGCGGGGCCGCGCUCCAACUUUUGGCCAGGCGGGUAGGCCUGGACGCGGGGGUUGCGCGCCUGCGUGCCGCCGCAGCCUUCCACACGCUCCGGGUCGAGUUCGCCUCCACGCCGCGCAUGCCGCUGCGUGUCGCGAUGGCGGCCGCGUUGUGGAGGGAGGUGGCGGCUCACGGCGGUGUCCACGAGCCCGGCUACGCACUCCAGCGCCUGGCAACUUGGGCGCACGUGCCUGCGAGUUUCAUUGUGGCGGUGGCGGCGGCCAUCGGGCGCGCGCGCCAAGUAAGGACGGCCGCAGUGGACUGCGCGAUCGUGAGCCCACGCGCGACACCACAGGAGCUUUGCUUAUUCGUCUAGUAUAUCCACUACUAGCAAAUAUGACCGUGCUUUUGCAACAGAAAAAAAUUGACACAUUACUAUGAGAAAAGAGGCGUUUCUCCAUCCGCCAAAACACCCAACAGUGAGGCACAAGCUCCAGAGUCAAUGCAAUAUCUACCGUUCAUGGAUUUAGUCGAUUUAUCAUUACUCAAUCACCCCAAGGAAACUUUUAAUAAAAUUAUAUUGUAAUCUUGCAUAUCAUUUGUAUUAAGCCUAAAUCUAUUGU